CACUCUGAAUAUUGAGAUCAUAUAUUUACAAAUUCCGAGGUGAGAGCUUAUGUCAAAGUAACAAACGCACAGUGAUGUUUAAAAGCUUUUUUAAAUAGAAAUAUGUCGAGAAAAUGUGAAAGUGGUGCUUCGAAGAGAAAAAAAAUCAAAAUGAGAGAAGAUUUCGAAAAAAAGCUUCCAAAACUAACAACUUUUUUCAAAAAUGAAUCUGAAUUCAUUUCUUCUUCUCACUCUUCUGAAGAAAAUGAAAAUUCUGGUGAAGUGGAAAAUACAAAUUUAAUAACAGAAGCUAUCGAGGAUAUACAUCGGAGAUCACUAGGAUUUGAAAGUUUAAACAAUGACGAAUCAGGGAUAAUAACGAAUUCACAAAGUAACGAUGAGACUGUAGAUGUAGGUCUUCUACUGACACCACAGUAUUCAAAAGAUUCAAACACACUUCAAGUGUAUACAUACAUCAUGUGUAUAUGGGAAAUUCCGUUUUAGUAGCGCCGUCAAAUAUUUUGAUUUAUCAAUAAUUGGAUAAAAUAUAAGAGAUGGCGCUACUUACCAAAAUCUUGCAAAUUGACGUUGAAGAAGAAAAAUUAAACAGAAAACAGUUUUUACCACAAAAGAAUGCAAUAUUCGCUGACAGGUAUAUAAAGUUUUCAACAUUAGUGACAGUACUUACAGCAUAAAAAGUUCAUAUUUUGACAGAUAAAACCGAUGAGACCGAUGCGACCU